AUGGAAACCGCACGAAGAAAAGAAUUCCUUUGCAUCCUUCCCGACAAUCCAAAUGUCCUAGCCAUUAGAAAACAAGUGAAAGGAAUCCACUACGAGGGAGUCAAGCCAUUAGUGGCCGCUGGAAAGCUCGUCGAUGGAGGUGCCAUUUUUGAGAAACAUCCCAAGGAGGGCAAAGAUGCCCUGUUUAAGGGUAGUGUAAUCGUGUACUCGGCCAAUGAUGCUGAAGAAGUCCGCGCCAUUCUUGAGAAAGAUGUUUACGCCACCAGUGGAGUGUGGGACUUGAGCAAAGCACGGAUUUUGCCUUAUGUCCCUGCCGUUCGAGAGCCGCUUCCAUGA